UUUCUUAACUCGCUAGUUUACAACACACAGAGACAAAUCAAAGAGAUCGAUUGUGAAAGAAUCAAAAUUUGUUGAGAUAAGACAUGGUGUUCCGUGGCGACACGGUGGUGUCCGUAGCUCAUAUAUCGGCUGAGAUUUUUCAGCGAUUACGGUGGAUUCCGCCGUCGGAUCGAAUCAGCAGCGGAGAGAUGUUACAACUCGUUUGUUGUUUUCCGCUUCAGCAACUGGGUCGAUUCGUUUUAUGGUUCUGGAACUAUAUCUGUGUUCCACCUCCGGAGAUUUUGUAUUUUGAUGGUCGUCGUGAUGAUGACGAUGAUGGUUAUGGAUCAUCUUCGUCGUCUUCGAAUGUUACUCAUCAUCAUAAUUACUAUCAUCUUCAUUUGGAGUGACCAAAGUUCCGGUUUUUCUGAUUUGUUGUUGUAAAGUUUUUAUUUUUCCCGUUUUUGUGCAGAGAAAGAUCAUGUUUUGAUUUUGGGUUUAAUUCCUUGGGAGUGUUGAAUAUAAUCAGAGUCUGUUGUUUUAAAUCCUUGCUUAUAGAAUCAGAGAAGAUGUUGAGCAUUUGGUGAUACAUAUAUAUUUUUAGCUUUCAUUGUCUUAAGGAGUCAAAGAAGCUUGCUUUGAUCUAUUGCUUGUCCAAAUCUAGCUCUUGAUAGAUUAUGUAGCAAUUCGAGUUUAUUAUACUGUUUCUUCUGGACAUAUUGGAUAGUUGGUUUGACUUAGGAAUGUUUAGUUAGUGGAGUUAGGAGGGUGAAGAUUAAGGAUUUGGAAUUAGGAGAUAUUUGAUUUCAAUUAGGAGGAUGAAGUUUAGCUAGAGUUUCAGUCUUUUUGUCGAUAAAUUGUAUUCGUGAAGUAUAAGGUUACAGGGCAUAAUCCUUAGAUGUGAUCUAUGGUAUGCAUACUUUUAUGUCAUCAGAAACUAUUGUGGAUGAUCAAGUUCAAGGACUUUCUUCUUCUUGUGAGAUCAUUUGUUGCAAUACUGUGGAUAGUUUGAUGUGAGCUCUACCGAAACGACGAAUGGUCUCGGGAUAAAGCAAGGUUGGAGAAUUAUUCUGGAAUCCAAAUUCAAGAUUUUGUAGUCAUUUUUCUAGGAGGAAGUAUUCGUACUGAAAUGUAAAAGUUUAAGAGGAUUCCGAAUCUUCUGAGCUGUAUCUUACAGUGGAAUCAACUUUCAAAAUCUUAAGAGGAUUCAAUAUUUGUCUCUAAUUAUAUAAUCCUUUAUUUAUUUUCAUUAAUCAAGGUGUUUUUAAGAAUUUUAUUGUGAGUUUCAUAAUUGAAUCAUGUUGAUAGAUAACAUA